AUGUCUAGUGAUGGUGUGUCGACACACGCAGAUGAUACAACCCUUGACGACGUCGUAAUACGCCAAGAAGAACAAACCAACCCUCAACUCAACGCCAGAAACCUCUCAUGGACUAAGCUCCGACGCAUGGACUCGCUCGACGUAGAGUCAGCCAGCCUGGGGCAUGGUGCCGCAGCCGCCAUGGGCGGCGGCAUGGGGUGGGCGGUGGUGCUGCAGCUGGCGUUCCAGAGCAUCGGGGUGGUGUACGGUGACAUCGGCACGUCGCCGUUGUAUGUAUUUUCUAGCACGUUUACGGAUGGAAUAAAACACAAUGACGAUAUCAUCGGAGUUUUGUCCUUGAUUUUAUACACUUUGACGUUAAUUCCCUUGGUCAAGUAUGUCUUCAUUGUCCUACGUGCCAACGACCAUGGCGAUGGGGGUACUUUUGCUCUAUAUUCUCUGAUAUGUCGAUAUGUAAAAGUGAGUUUAAUUCCGAGCCAAGAAGUAGAAGAUCGAGAUGUGUCGACUUACCAACUGGAAUUGCCUAAUAAAAGCUUGCAAAGAGCUUCAAAAGUUCAAGCAAAGUUAGAGAAUAGCAACUUUGCUAAGUAUGUUUUGCUGUUUGCUACCAUGCUUGGCACUUCCAUGGUUAUUGGUGAUGGAGUUCUCACUCCAUGCAUCUCAGUAUUGUCUGCUGUGGGCGGAUUAAAAGAGGCCACAUCUCAUAUGACAGAAGAUAGAAUAGUGUGGACAUCAGUGGUGAUCCUAGUAACACUCUUCAUGGUUCAAAGAUUCGGAACUGAUAAAGUCGGAUACACUUUCGCUCCCAUAAUCUUACUAUGGUUCUCCUUCAUCGCUGGAGUCGGCGUCUUCAACUUCAUCAAAUACGACACUUCUGUCAUCAAAGCUCUCAACCCCGUUUACAUCGUGGAUUACUUUAUAAGGAACAAGGAGCAGGCUUGGAUCUCCCUCGGCGGCGCCGUUCUUUCCAUUACAGGAACCGAAGCCUUAUUUGCAGAUGUCGGACAUUUCUCUGUCAGAUCGAUUCAGAUAAGCAUGUGCUGUGUCACUUACCCCGCCUUAGUCCUAGCUUACACCGGCCAAGCCUCGUUUCUUCGCAAGAACAACCACUUGGUUGCUAACACUUUCUACGAAUCCAUCCCAGGUAAGAUGUACUGGCCGAUGUUUGUGGUGGCGGUGGCAGCAUCAGUCAUCGCUAGCCAAGCUAUGAUCUCGGCCACCUUCUCCAUCAUCCAACAGUCUCUCUCUCUCGGAUGCUUCCCGCGUGUCAAAAUCGUCCACACCUCCAACAAAUACCCCGGCCAAGUCUACAUCCCCGAAGUCAAUUAUCUUCUCAUGUUCGCUUGCAUUUGUGUCACCCUUGGUUUCCGUACAACCGCCAAGAUCGGCAAUGCCUAUGGGAUCGCGGUGGUGUUGGUGAUGGCGCUGACAUCGACGUUCCUGGUGUUGGUGAUGAUCAUGAUUUGGAAGACCAACAUAGUCUUCAUAAUCCUCUACAUCCUGAUCAUCGGAUCGGUGGAGCUGCUCUACAUGAGCUCGGUCCUCUACAAGUUCGACCAAGGCGGCUACCUCCCCCUCGCAUUCGCCAUGAUUCUGAUGACCAUCAUGUGCACAUGGAACUACGUCUACAGAAACAAGUACUACUUCGAACUCGAUCACAAGAUUUCACCAGAGUCCGUGAGGGAGAUCGUUGGGGAGACGAGCUCCCCGCGUCUCCCUGGGCUGGCAGUGUUCUACUCGGAGCUGGUCCAGGGCAUCCCGCCAAUAUUCAAGCACUACGUGGGCAACGUCCCGGCCCUGCACUCGGUCCUGGUGUUCGUGUCGUUCAAAUCCCUGCCGAUCAGCAGAGUGCCGGAGGAGGAGAGGUUCCUGUUCCGGAGGGUGCAGCCGAAGGAGCUUCAGGUGUUCAGAUGCGUGGUGCGGUAUGGUUACAAGGAUGUGAGGAAUGAGGAGGUGCCGUUCGAGCGCCUGUUGGUGGAGAGGCUCAAGGAGUUCGAGGAGAGUGUGGGAGGGGAGGUUGGGGAUUUGGACCGGGCGUGGCGGAGCGGGGUGGUGCACAUGGUGGGGGAGCAUGAGGUGGCGGCGGCCAAAGGGGCGGCCCUUUGGAAGAGGGUUGUGAUUGACUAUGGCUACAACUUCUUGAAGAAGAACUUGAGGCAGAGCAAUAGGGUGUUUGCUAUUCCUCACAAGAGAAUGCUUAAAGUUGGGAUGACAUACCAUCUUUAG